AUGACAUCCAUAGUCAAGGAUAUAAGUAAUGGUAUGGUGCGGCCGUUUGCCAAGUUGUCGAAAACGUCGGCGAAGAACCCAAUUCAUACCAUUUUAUUCGUUCUUCUGUUUGCAACGUUCGCGUACGUUUCCGUCAUUCAACACUACUUCAACGUGUUCCAAUUGGAGUUCGGCGCAGGCUCAUCCACGGCAGACCUAUUGAAAGGUUGCACGAAUUAUUACAGAGACGCAUCAACCCGUAACAACUGGGUACAAGUGACCCACGACGAUGACUCUGAAAAAUUGUCACAGUACGCUCACUACUACUUGUUCGAUUUGAAUUUCGUAACGAAAAACAGUAGUUGUUCUUUACCAAACAUCAAUGGCACUGUGUUCGAAUCAGGGAGUACCAAGUACGUCCUAAGAGAUUCCCCUUACUUGUCCGAUUCCGAAUUCACAAGAGCUACCGCAGACGGGACGAAAUGGAGACUAGUCUCCACGGGGGGUGAUUUCUUCAAAACUAUGUUAAAACUGUUCAAAGAACUGUACUACGCUACGUUCAACCACAUCAACCAGUCUGACCCAUUCGACCUCAUGAUCAUCGUCGUAGCAUACUCGACGAUGAUCUAUACGUUUGUCUCCUUGUUCAAUGAUAUGAGAAGGAAGGGCGGUUCCAAGUUUUGGUUGACCUUUGCCACGAUCGCGAACUCUGCGUGUUCCCUGUUCUUAGCAUUGUACAUCUCACAGUGUAUUUUAAAGGCGUACGUCCCGAUUUUGAGUUUACUGAUCGGGUUGCCCUUCAUUGUUGUCAUAAUCGGCUUCAGAAACCAACUCAAAUUGACCGUCAACGCAUUGAAGAGAACAGAAGUCAGCGACAUGUCCAGAAUGAUCACCCCAGAACAAGUGGUCCACGACGCUAUGCUACAAGAGGGUUCUAGGCUUCUGCAGGACGACUCUCUGUUUUUGUUUGCCUUUGCUGGUUGCUCCAUCUACGCGAAAAACUUACCAGCACUAAGAAAUUUCGCCAUUCUUUGCUCCCUGAUUGCCGUCUUAGAUGUCCUUCUUACAUCUACUUUUUACUCUGCUGUUUUGUCCUUGAAACUUGAGAUCAACACCAUUUACAGGUCCACAAUUAUCAAACAAACUUUAGAGGAGGACGGUGUCGUCCCCACUACGGCAGAAAUCAUCUCAUUGACAAAGGAAAAUUUCGGCAGUGAGAACGCCAAGCUUUUAGCACAGAACCAAACGGGGAUACUGAUUGCAAAAUUGUCCAUUAUCUUGCUGAUUUUCUUCAUCAACUUCUACAACUUUGGCAUCAACUGGUUAUCAUCUUCCAAUAGCCUCUUCCCAUUUUACAACUGGUCCAGUGCCACUUUGGGGAAUGGGUUAGAUCUACCUGAGUUUAUCAAAGCUGCCCAGACUUCUUUGUCAAACGAACCUGUGGUUAUCUCCAUCGCCCCUGUAAGAUACUAUCAACAGACAAGAGUCCUGCACCAUAUCACAGAUGGUCUUUCUGAAUCAUUGCAUUAUUUGAGCAGAGUUAUUAGAGACAGGUUCGUCAGUAAAAUGGUGUUCACUCUUUUGCUCAUUAGCGCAUCCAUCAACAUCUAUUUGUUGAACGCUGCAAGAAUCCAUACUCAUUACACUUGGGGACAAUUGGUCAAGAAAAAGAACGCUAUUUUGGAGGCUGCAACGAACGCUGUUUCUGCAGCCACCUCGGGCACGUCAACUCCAGCUCCUGCCACUGUACCAGAGGCGGGUAGAAACACUCCACCGGCUUGUCAAGGUUCCAAGAAAUCGAAAAAGAAGAGCAAGAAAUCCAAGUCCUUAACAACAACAACAGAUGGGAAGGACGAAAAAACUACCGUUGCCAAACCACCACAAAAGAGACUUUUGACUGAACUGGAGGCUAUCAUGAAGGAAGGGAACACACACACGUUGGAAAACGAGGAGGUUACCGAAUUGGUUACUAACAAUAACUAUCCCCUGUGUGCCUUGGAAAAACAACUGAAAGACACAACUAGGGCUGUUUUGAUCCGUCGUCAAGCACUAUCCAUCCUUGCAGAUUCUCCAGUGUUAGCAACCGAGAGACUACCUUACCAACAUUACGACUACGACCGUGUCUUCGGUGCCUGUUGCGAAAAUGUCAUUGGGUUUAUGCCUUUACCUGUUGGUAUCAUUGGCCCAUUGCUAAUCGAUGGCGAAUCUGUCCACAUCCCAAUGGCUACGACAGAAGGUUGUUUAGUGGCCAGUGCCAUGCGUGGGUGUAAAGCCAUCAAUGCUGGUGGUGGUGCUGUGACAGUGUUGACGAAAGACGGUAUGACGAGAGGUCCAUGUGUAAGAUUCCCUUCUUUGAUGAGAUCUGGUGCCUGUAAAAUAUGGUUGGACUCCGUGGAGGGGCAAGAUAUGGUGAAAAAGGCGUUCAAUUCCACUUCAAGAUUUGCUAGGUUACAACACAUUCAGACUGCCAUUGCAGGUGAUCUAUUAUUCAUUAGGUUCAGAACAACAACCGGCGACGCUAUGGGUAUGAAUAUGAUCUCCAAGGGUGUAGAAUUCUGUCUAUCCCAAAUGGUAGAAGAAUUUGGAUGGGAAGACAUGGAAAUUGUUUCAGUUUCCGGUAAUUACUGUACAGAUAAAAAACCCGCUGCGAUUAACUGGAUCGAAGGUCGUGGUAAAAGUGUUGUCGCCGAGGCUACCAUCCCUGGUGAAGUCGUCAGGAAAGUGCUUAAGAGUGAUGUCAAGGCCUUGGUGGAACUGAAUAUUGCCAAAAAUCUUAUUGGGUCCGCCAUGGCAGGUUCCGUUGGUGGGUUCAACGCCCAUGCUGCUAACCUGCUAACUGCUGUAUUUUUAGCUGUUGGCCAGGACCCUGCACAAAACGUGGAAAGUUCCAACUGUAUGACCUUGAUGAGAGAAGUUGAUGGCGAUCUAAGAAUUUCCGUGUCCAUGCCUUGUAUUGAAGUCGGGACCAUUGGUGGUGGUACUGUUUUAGAACCUCAAGGUGCUAUGUUGGAUCUUUUGGGCGUCCGUGGACCGCACCCAACGCACCCAGGUGAAAACGCAAGAAAACUAGCCAGGAUUGUUGCAUGUGCCGUCAUGGCUGGUGAGCUGUCGCUAUGUUCCGCAUUGGCAGCCGGCCAUUUGGUGCAGAGCCACAUGACUCACAACAGAGGUAAGAAAGCCGAACCUGCUUCAACAGUGCCACCUGCCGCUAUCGAACCUUUGAAGCAGACCCCAGAGGAUCUGCAAUGCUUGAAGGAGGGGGCCCAAAUUUGUAUAAAAUCAUGA